CAUGGACGGUAGUGUACGUGAACGAAUCGCAUACCUACUUGGGACACGUGGCAGUGUUUCGAGCCCUCACCGACUCGUGUAACCUGUACAGAAAGCACCGAACAAUCUUCUGCGGUCUCCUUCCCCAAAUCUUCCCUUUAAGAAAAGUCCUGAGGGAAGAAGACGAAGCACAUAGAGCUUCUGUAUUUUCUGUCUCUCCUCUCUCUUUGAUUGGAAAACAUUGGAAAUCGGCUUGUUGAGUGUGAGUCUUGGAACAAAAAACACUUUAAGUAUAGCAUGAGCAGUAGAGGGUCGAGUGGACCUCCUCUAAGAGGAUAUGUGAGGAACACAAGGAGGAGGAAGAUGGCACUAGAUGUGGACCUCAAUGUACCACCUAGUGAGAACCUGGAUCAGGAGGGCACUUCGGCUCAAGCCAACUCUCAAGAUGUGCAAUUUGGCCAACAAGGACCAUCUGUACUGCCUGCACCAAUUGAUGUUGAGGCAUUUGAUGAUGAUGUUGUUAUAUCCUCCCGUACGGCUUUUGCAGAAGCUAAAAUAAAUUCUGGGAGAGGAAGAAAUCGUGGAAAUACUGUUGUAGUUGAUGUAGAUUCAGAAGAAAGGACAUUGGGUGUUGCUUCCAAUAGUCGCAACAAGCGUAGGCGAGUUUCUACAAACCAAGCAAUCAUAAAUUGUGAUCUAUGCAUAAAUUUGGAGGGGGGUAACAAUAUGAGAAAGAAUGCUAAGAGCGUGGAACCAUCCCCGCCACCGCCGCCACUACCACCAAAGGAGCCCACCUUCAGCUGUCCAGUAUGCAUAGGCCCAUUAGUUGAGGAGAUGUCAACUAAGUGUGGUCAUAUUUUCUGUAAGUCAUGCAUUAAGACUGCAAUAGCUGCUCAGGGUAAAUGCCCCACCUGUCGGAGAAAAAUCACCUUCAAAGAUACCAUUAGGAUCUACCUUCCUGCAACCAAUUGAAUGAACUAGGAAGGUCGAUAGAGGCUGGCUUUGCGCAACGUUGCUUGGGAAUUGAAACAAUGGUUUAGGAUAGUCUUCCAAGCCAUGUGUUUUAUCUUUGGGAUUGCAAAGUGAGAUUUUGGGAGGCUCCAGACUUAAGUUUUUGAGUUCCUAUUGGCAUUGUGUUUUGGUUUGAAAACAAAUCUUUUGGUCAGUGGGGGAUUUAGUUGGCUUAAAUAUCUAGUUGUUAUUUUAGUUUGCUGUUAUGUCCAAAUACCUACACACCUAAAGCACAGAUUAUGGUGUUUGUUAUGUCCAAAUACCUAUACACCUAAAGCACAUAUUAUGGUGUUUCUUUAGCUUUAACGAAAAAUGUUUUUGUAAGAUGUUUUAAGCCUAGAUUUUUGGGUUGUGUGGUUUAAUUUUUGAAUAUUUUUUUCAGCACAUCUACAUA